UGUUUGCAUUAUUCUAAUAUUCAGAGGGACAUAAUCCAUAAAAGCUAUAGAUCUAAUAUUAAAAGUAACAGAUCUUGGUUCGUACACUCCAUGUGGGUUGUAAAACAAAAGGAUCCAUAAAGAAAAGAUAGCUUUAUGACUUUGGUUUUAGAUUCAACUAAUCUCUGUUUCUGUUUUUAUGUGUUCUUCUCUGAAGCUUCCAUAGCGUAGGACUUGUGUUCUUUUCUAUCUCCAACUUAGGGCAUUGCAUUAAAUUCGUAAAUCUUUAGGCACAUAGAUUGAUAUAACUUACUUUACUUUAAAUGGAAAGUUCGAUGAACAAAAGAGGACAUGGACGGAAUCAAGAGUAUACAGAUAACUUGCCAGAAUCAAAGAGACAGAAGCUUCCUGCUUUGGCAAGUGUCAUCGUGGAAGCUGUCAAGGUAGAUAGUCUUCAGAAGCUAUGCUCGUCUUUGGAACCAUUAUUCCGUAGAAUUGUCAGUGAAGAGGUGGAACGUGCCUUAUCGAGGUUGGAGAACUCAAAAUCAAAUCCAAGAUCUCCAGAACCGAAAAAGAUUCAAGUCCUCGAUGGAAGAAACCUGCAACUUCGCUUUAGAACACGAAUGCCUCCUCAUAUAUUCACAGGUGGGAAAGUAGAGGGAGAGCAAGGCUCAGCCAUUCAUGUGGUUCUUGUAAAUGCAAACACCGGAAAUGUAGUCCAUACGGGAGAAGAUUCAGUGGCAAAGCUGAAUAUCGUCGUGUUAGAUGGAGACUUCAAUGGUGAAGACGAUGAAGAUUGGACGAGGGAACAUUUUGAGAGCUUUGAAGUAAAAGAGCGCCAAGGAAAACGUCCCAUCUUGAUUGGUCAAACACAUGUGAUACUUAAGGAAGGUAUAGGAACUCUUGGAGAUCUUACUUUCACCGACAAUUCGAGCUGGAUUAGGAGCAGAAAGUUCAGGCUUGGUGUUAAGGCUGCAUCAGUGUUUCGCAUACGUGAAGCUAAAACAGAGCCAUUUGCUGUUAAAGAUCACAGAGGAGAACUUUACAAGAAACAUUAUCCACCGGCUUUACAUGAUGAAGUCUGGAGAUUGGAUAGAAUAGCGAAAGAUGGAGCACUACACAAGAAGCUACUGAGAUCUAACAUCUUGACUGUUGAAGACUUCCUUCGGAUACUCGUGAAGGAUCCGCAGAAUCUAAGAAGCUUACUUGGGAGUGGAAUGUCAAAUAGAAUGUGGGAAAACACGUUGGAGCAUGCAAAGACUUGUGUAUUGGGUGGGAAACUUUACGUCUAUUACACAGAGCAGACACAUAAUACAGGCGUUGUCUUCAAUCAUAUAUAUGAAUUCCGAGGCUUAACUGUUAAUGGCCACUUCUUAUCUCUGGAAUCUCUCAACCAUGACCAAAAGAUUUCUGCAGACAUUAUGGUGAAGACGGCUUAUGAAAACUGGCAUAAAGCGGUUGAGUAUGACGGUAAGCUGUUGAAUUGCUUACCAGUCGCUAAGAAGGUAAUAAAAAACUUACCGGAGCCAAAAAUGGCUCAGAAGCAGAAGACUCUGCAAUGUCAUCAAAAUGUGAAUAGCUACUCAUCAAUACCUCAGCAACCGAUACAAAACACGUUUGUGCAACAACCAUGCAAUCAAUUACGAGACUACACAUCGAUGGAGAGUUCUUCUGUUUCAGGCUCAUACAAUGGAGGCCUUGAAGAUAUUUUCACAGAGGAAAUUCGGGUGAGGAGUUCAGAGAUGCUUGAGACCGAUGAUAUGCAGAGAUUGCUCAAGACAUUUGGGAUAUCAGGCGGGAUUGGUCAUAUCGAUGAGUCCUGUUACGGUUUCAGUGAUCGGUAUGAAGCUCAGAUCGAUAAGGAUUAUGGGAGAGAACGAGGCAGAGGCUCAGGGAAAGCUGUGGUGGGAUGGCUUAAGCUUAAAGCUGCAUUGAGAUGGGGUAUAUUUAUACGCAAGAAAGCUGCUGAUAGAAAGCCUCAAAUUGUGGAGAUCGAUUAAGGCACUGUAAAUAUUCUGGGAGCACUCAAGAGUUCAUCUACUGGAUGUGCAUUUGUAAUGCUAGGGCUCAAAAAGAAGAGGACUUUGCGUUGUAUUGCUUUUAUUUGUUUGCCUUUUCGUAUUUUGUUAAUUUUUGUUUUCGCAUUUAAGUAACGUAUGUACUGUGCUUAUUUAUCUCGCUAGGAAACACUGGAAAGCUCGAGGAAAAUGC